GUUGGUCAAAACUUGCCAUCUGCUCAAGUUUAACCAUCAAGGUACUUAACCUUGUAUGGUUUAUCCAAUGGCCCGCUCUCAUGAGGGGAAAUGGGCGUAGGAGCUCUAGAUCUCUGCACCAAUCAAGAGCUACAACCCGCCCCUCGUUCGUCCUUAUCAGUACCUGGGCAUUUGUACCGAGGAUAAGUAGGUAGGUCAGUAGGUUUAAUGUUACGGCAUAUGGACGGACACCUUCUUGGACGGGACAUCUCUUGCUUUGCCCUGUCCUGCUUUUACUCAUCUUAUUCUUGAUUUCAAGGGACUUGUACCGACUGAUUCUGUGGAAGUUGGUCACUUGGAAGGUAAGGCUCGCUCUAAGUAGACUCAGGUAUAUAUACCACUUCGGCGAAUCAUUCAUUGAUUCUUCGCUAUCUUUAUAAUAUCACAUUUUAUUUUUAUUUCGUCAUGGGCGCACAACAGUCGAAGAUAGCGACGGCGCCUUCGUGGGUGACCACUGAUAUAGCCACGGCGAAGCCACUAGAGCAGGAGAGAAGCGAACGCGAGUCCAAAAAGGCUCUCAUCGCUGCUGCGGAUCGGCUUUCUGAGAAAGAUCGGAGAGAUAGCGGAGAUGAUUACGUUCUUGUCGAUUGCGAGAAGCCUGCCGCCGCGAAGCUCCAGCGAAGCCCGGAGGGUCUGGCGCUGGAGGUGAUGCAGGAUUGGCAAGAUCAACUAUUCGAAGACCCCAAGAACAGACUGGCCUUGUACGCUCUUAGCAGUGCAAAUCCCAAGGACGUGCUAACGUCUCGAUUCGCCCAAAUCGCAGACCAACAAGUCUUCAACGUCCGCAUCCCCUUCGAGGGCGCACCCAUCACCAACCAGAGAUCCUCCGGCCGUUGCUGGCUCUUCGCGAGCACCAAUGUCUUCCGCAUCGCGCUGAUGCAGAAGUACGGGCUCGACUCGUUCGAGCUGUCGCAGGCGUAUCUGUUCUUCUGGGAUAAGUUGGAGAAAGCCAAUUUUUUCCUCGAGAACAUCAUCGAUACCGCGGACGAGGACCUCGAGGGCCGUCUCGUACAGCGUCUGCUUUCCGACCCUGUUAGCGACGGAGGUCAGUGGGAUAUGGUGUAUAACCUCGUUGAGAAGUACGGUCUUGUGCCGCAGGUGCUGUAUCCGGAUAGUUGGAACGCGAUGACGAGUAGUACGAUCAAUUAUGUCGUUGUGGGUAAACUGCGCGAGUUCGCCCUCGUCCUGCGGAAUAUCGUCGCGAAGAAGUCUUCCUCUUCUGCGCGAAGGCUUGAGAUAUUGAGAGCUACCAAGGAGAAGAUGAUGCGCGAGAUUCACACCAUCCUUACGCUGACGCUCGGUCCGCCGCCUGCGAGUGAUGGAGUUUUCGAGUGGGAUUUCCUCGAUAAAGACGGUACUGCGCACACGGUGCGUAAGACGCCGCGGGAAUUUGCGCGGGAUAUCGCGGCGACGGUGCCUAGUACUGGGUACCGGAUCUCGAGCGCAGGUAUCGAGAAGAUGGUGUCGCUCGUGCACGAUCCGCGGCACGAGCCAUUUUCGUUGAUGACUGUUGAUCGCCUCGGGAACGUCGUCGGCGGGCGCAGGAUCACUUACAUCAACGUCAACAUGAGCGUGCUCAAGUCAGCGUGCAUCCGCACCCUCAAGGCUGGUAUCCCCGUGUUCUUCGGCUGCGACGUCGGCAAAUUCAGCGAUCGACGCACGGGCAUCAUGGAUCUCGGGUUAGUCGACUACGGCCUCGGCUUCAAUGUCGAUAUGUACGCUGCUGGCGCCAUGGACAAAGCUGGCAGACUUCGCGCUGGCGAGUCGGCCAUGACGCACGCUAUGGUCUUGACCGCGGUCCAUCUGGAUGAGAAGACGGGGAAUCCCGUGAGAUGGCGCGUGCAGAACUCGUGGGGGCAGGAGAAUGGGGAUAAAGGGUGGUUUGUCAUGAGUGAUGACUGGAUGGAUCAGUUCGUGUAUCAGGCUGUUAUCGAUUCGCGCUGCAUGAGCAACGAGGUUAGGGAUGUGCUUAAAAAGGAGCCUAUUAUUCUACCGCUCUGGGAUCCUAUGGGUGCAUUGGCUUAGAUGAAGGUAACUGGGCCGUAAAGCUGUGGCUGCGAUGAAGAUCCUGUUAGGCGUGCUCUGGGUCGAUUUUUGUUUUAUGGGAAUGGGGCGUUAGUGCUAGGGAUGGAUUCAUUGUCUGUCUAUGGUCUGUAUGAUUCACGAGUUUAUACGUUAUACGUACUGAAAUAUUGACUGGUUUGUGUUCUUCCUAGUUACCUGCCUGCCUUACCUUACAUUCUGGCUAUGUGUGCACAGCUUCAACGGAUGACUUAUUUACAUGAAGACUUUGACUAGAAAAUGAUUCUAGUAUAUCAGUAUCAGCGAGGACUCCUUAGAGCUAGGUAGUGGUAGUAUUCGUGGUGAUGGAACAAACAAG